AUGGCGGGCAGAGGGGAGGCGUGCUACUUCCCCAGGGACCUCACGAAGGGUUCCUACGGCGGAGACGUGCACUGCUUCCAGCAGUACCUGUCUCACAAGGGCUACCUGCUGGACGAGCCCACGGGGUACUUUGGCGAGAGGACGGCGACGGCGACGAGGCGGUGGCAGAGGGACAACGGCAUUGGCGGCGACGACGCCGGGGACUUCGGGGAGUGGUCGCGGGAAAGGUACGCCGCGACGCACGGCCUCCCGCUGCCCAGCGAGGGGAGGAUCUUCAAGGAUGCCAAGUCGGAUGAGGUGAGAGAAGCACGGAAAAAGAUUUUUCAGAUCGAUCGCCGCGACAACCGCGUCCAAUAG